GUGGCCCUCCCGGAAGAGCAGUGGCUCAGCUCCAGCAGGAAAACCGGCAGCUUAGGAGUCAGCUAGAAGCUCUUACCCGCCAGGUAGAGCUCCUGAGUGCAAUGACAAGUGACAGGAGCACUUUGAUUAGCAACAACCACAGUCACAAGCAUCACCUUAAUAACAUUCAGGAGAACCACCAGGAUAUAAAAGAGGUGGUCUACGGCAGAGGUCAGGCUCAUACUCAGAGCCAGGCUCACCUCCAUGUCCAGACCUGCACCCUGGGGAACCAAGCCCAGACCUACAGCAGCCUCAGUAAUCAGUCAAGUCCUGGAUCACCCCCUGCCACCUUCUCAUUCUCCCCCAGCUCCAGCAGUCCUCCUGUGGGCUCCAGAGUUUCCUCAAUGGUGACAGGCCCGGUGUUCAGCAGCAGCCCCUCCACCGCCCGCUUCUCCAGCCGAGCCACAUUCGCUGUGUCCAGCAAGACUAAUAGCAUUGAAAGAGAAGAGCCAAUAGAAGUGGACCUCGCCCAAACACAUGCUGGCCUGGAGAAUGGACAUGCAACUACAACAGAACAUUCAACAUUGGUACACGAAAAGAUCUCUCCACCUGGUGACUUCCCACACGAGCACACAGCUGCUGUCACCGUGCGGAUGCCCCACCUGCCCAUCACCGCGACAACAAAGACAGCUGAAAUCAAGGGCUCUCCCGACUCUCCCAGCAGUCCGCUCGGUUCUCGGUCCUUUCCUGUUUCUGAGGACUCACCUCCUGGUCAAUCAGCCACUAGCACCAACCAGUCUCAACCAACAGAGGAGCCUCCAGUUCAACCAGUAUCUUCUGUGAAGACAUGGACCCCUACACCUAUCAGAGCCCUGGGAUCCCCUCGCCUUCUUGAGAAGGCAAAUUUAGUUCCUACUAAGUCUGUGACCUACUCUGGGCUACAGCAGCAUGACAGAGAUGCUGAUGUAAACAGCGGCAGGUCUUUUGGGCAGAUAGGAGAGAGAAAGCGAGAAUUACAGAGGUCACAGACCCUGCCUCGUAACAUUGGUGCUCAGGCUCGUCGAUCGAUCUUUGAAAGACUGGACUCUGAAGCAAGUAACAGCCUUCCCAAAACAGUGGACUCUAAACCCAAACUGAAGCGAUCUCAGAGUUUUGGGGUGUCCAGCGCCAGUAGCAUCAAACAAGUCCUUCUUGAGUGGUGCCGUUCCAAGACCAUAGGCUACCAGAACAUCGACAUCCAGAACUUCUCCUCUAGUUGGAGCGAUGGGAUGGCCUUCUGUGCUCUAGUCCACUCCUUCUUCCCCACUGAGUUUGACUACACCUCCCUCUCGCCAGAAAAUCGCAAACACAACUUUGAGUUGGCCUUUGGAACCGCAGAGGUGAAGGCAGGCUGCGAUCGGUUGAUCGAGGUGGAUGACAUGAUGAUCAUGGGUCGUAAACCAGACCCUAUGUGUGUCUUCACUUACGUCCAGUCCCUCUACAACCACCUGCGCAAGUUUGAGUGAAACACAAACACUGCAGAUCUAAAUUUCUGCACCAUUAUAGACUCUUAGGCUCAGGCUUUUUCACCAUGAGAUAUUCAGCGGUAGGAUGCUCUUCAUCCUCUGUACCCAACUUUGAGGUCAAGAGCUGGCCUGAGAACAUUUUAACAAGACAAUGCUGCCCCCAGGUGGUGGGCCACAUGCUGCAGGACAAGUGCUCACAGCUCAGAUGCUGACUCAUGAAGAGGACACUUUAUGUGUGUGUACAAUCCCAUGUUGUUAACACCAGUGAAGAAAAUGGAUUUACACACUAAUGCAACUGUUUUUUCUGUGUGUGUGUGUGUGUGUGUGUGUGUGUGUGUGGUUGCAAUACUGAGAUAUUGUGCAGAGAGUGCAACUAACACUGUGCUGUAUAACACCACACAUAUAUAAAAGUGAGUGUCUAUAUUGCGCAAAUGGAAAAGAGGUACAUUUCACAAAUGUCACUGAAAACCUCGACUGUAGGCAUUAGUUUGUGAUGAAGCAAAACACACUGUGGGGAAAAAUAAAUGACAAAAUAUAUAUAUGUAUAUAGGAAAUGAAUCAAUGUGACGUGUAAAAUGAAACGUUUUGCUGAGUGAUCUUUGCAUUCACAUGUGCUGUGAUAUCGUGUUAC